AUGCACAUUGUAGGCGGGCUGGGGGGUGGGAGUCCAUUUCCAUUUGCAUUCCGUUGUGCGAUGGGGGGUCCUGCCUUGGGUCAUUCUGUGUUGAAAAAUUGUUACUCACUUUUCUGGGCCUUCUAUGCUGAGGUGGAUAUCGCUCAGCUAAUGUUGGCGUAUUUUUUUUAUGGUGCAUUUUUUAGUAUGUCUGUCCGUGUGAGAAUACAUCAGCGGGCAUCGCAGAGCUGCUUUCACUGGAACACCUGCAAGCAUUGCAGUUGUAGUGUGAACAAACAAACUUGGUCUAUGAUUCUCUCUGGGGGUUGGGGAAGAAGCUAGCGAUAGCUUCCAGCCUGCUACGCUGCGCAUGGUGGGCGGGCUGGGGGGUGGGAGUCCAUUUCCAUUUGCAUUCCGUUGUGCGAUGGGGGGUCCUGCCUUGGGUCAUUCUGAGUGGUGAAAAUCAUUGUUCAGUUUUUCGCACUGUCGAUGUUGGUAGAUGCAGUUGUAUCUUCUUUUUUGAGCAAAUAUGGGUCUGGGGCGGAUCGGCCAGAGCGGAGUAGUCAUCUAGUGUGGCGGCAACGCCGAUGCGCCUUCUCCUGUCUUGUUUAUGCUUUUUCUCGCUUUUUGAUUUUUUUUUGUUGAUAUGUUAGUAAUGAGUAUGAGAAGUCGGGCGCGCAUAUGAUGUGUAUUUGGCCUGACGGAUGGGCAUUUCUGAGAUACUAGAUACGCUGGAAAGCAUUCGCCCUUAGGUGAUAAAGGGAUCACUCUCCUGACAUCUCCACCCUUUCAUGCUGUUCAAAGGAGUUGAGAGAAGCUAGGCGGACUCAAUAAGUCUUCCAAGCUUGUUGUUCGUCUUUGAGUCAGUCAAAUCAUGCAAGCACCCACUUGAGUUUCUCUUUUGAAGGAAUAGAGAAAGUAUCUGGUGCGCUUCGUGGGCAAUCAGCUUUCUGUAGGAGCAAGUAAGAAAAGGGGCGUUAGUUCAUUUGUGUUCUAUAUGAGAAGAGGUUGCGCAUGUAUGCAUUGUUUGUUUCUAGAAAUUCUAAGGGUCAGCUUACGCUCUGAAAGGUCGCGAGCCACAGACUCCUGAGGAGGGGCGCAUUUCCUCUGUGUCAAAUUCUCCACAAGAUUUUUUGAAGCAUUUUUUCAACCUUUUUACUAGUGCAGUUCCUCGAUCGUCCUGUAAGGAAGCACUAAAAUAAAACUUUCUUAGGAGUAAGACCUUUGAGUAUUGUUCUAUCGCUUUAUCCCUACCACCAAUAAUUCUAUCGCCCUUCGAGCAGAUCGCGGCCGACGCAAGCAGUCGGAUUCUGUAAGAAGAAACGAGAAGAAGAGGGCGGACGGAUUUGCGAUAUUAUUGUUCAUCAUGUGAGUCUGCAAUGCGAGCUAAAACAUUUGCCAAUGCCCCAUUAUGCGGCGUGCUCAGGUAGAUUGAUUGUUCCUCACGAAGUCUAACUCUAACUUAGUCUAAAUGAUCUAAUUCUUAGUAGGGACUUUAACGGGAUUUAACAUUUUUUCAAAUGAAUAGAAAUAUCUUCAUCACGAAGAUCACCUGCUAGCCUGAAUGGUCCUCGACGUGAGAAGAAAAAAGAAGCAGCAAAUCUUUCAUUAUGCUCAUUUGUCACUCUCACUCGCAGUCUGAUUGUAGCUUUUUCGUUAUGUGAAAAAUGUGCGUCAGGCUGAUGCGAAGAGAAAAAAAGAGGAGGAGCUUGAGCUAGUUCGAAAGCCCAAGUUAGUAGCAAAAAGUGUGCAGUUGAAACGAUAAAUUUUUUUGAAGUGGAGGUAUUGAAGUAGACAGAUUUUUUUUUGCGGCCGUGUGCUUUUUUUUGUGGCCGUUUUUUUGCCCGCUGGCUUACGGCCUUUGAGUGAGUAUCAAAGCUCUUAGAGGUGUAAGUGAAUAGUGGGGAGGAAGCGUCUAGUCGUACCUAAAGAAAAGAUCAGGGAAGCCGGGGGGUGAAACGGGGGGACCCAACCUUGCAUGACCUUGAAUCACGGAAGUGCCCCCUUAUGCCACGUAAGUAAGUGCUGAGAACUACACACAUCAAUCGGUGUCAGUCACGAACCCAAGGCGAAGGGUCAGGCACAAGCCACACUGUGUGCCUAAGGCCUAGGGUACUAGAGUAUUCAAGGCGAAGGGUCAGGCACAAGCCGCACUGUGUGCUUAAGGCCUAGGGUACUAGAGUAAACCUUGCUAUUUAAGAUUCUUAUUUGAUAAAGCAGAAGCAGGGGAGUUAGUCUUCUGCACCUUCCUCCACUCAUCAUCAACGUAAGGGUCUUCAAAUGGUAACCCUUCAACUUUUAGCUCAACACUGUUCAUGUAUUUACUCUUACUUCCCCGCGCGUCAAGGAGCAGCUUGCUAGUGAGAACUUCCAUGUUGUCUUUGCUGUACUUCUAUGAAGACGCCUGCUCUAAGUCAAGUACAUUAGAAGAGCAGGUAAGAGCAAGAAGACGAAAGUAUGUCGUGAUGAUGUUGAGGGAGAUCAGAUAUCGUCUACUCACUGCGUAACCGAUUCGCAGUUAUCACAUCGUCCACCGUGCAGCUGCUUGUUCUAGGAUUCGAAGUGGUAAAGAACAAGCAAGGGCUUUUCUAGUCGGGGCUCCGCUGGAAGUAUGCAAGUAAAUGCAAGGGUCAUAGAGCUAAAUUAUUUUUGCUCUUGUAGAAGAUCACUUUUUAAACGGCUUACUGCAGUUUUUCGAACAUGUGAUUUCAUUGCCAGAGCAGCAGUUGGUAAGAAGCAAUGUGAUAGAUUUGUUGGCAUGAAAUCUUUGAUUCAAAUUAUCCUAGGACGAAGUAGGGAAAUCCUCUUAGAUAGGAGCUAAUUUCUCGAGAUGCCAUGACAAGAGCAGGACGACUUGGCCCAGCGAAACACUGUAGCAACUGCACUGUAUGAACACUGGAUGUAAACUAUGCGCGGCGCUCGCUUCCUCGCAGGAGUUGAGCCGACUCCUAUUCUAGUAUCCUACAGUUUAUGAGCGACGCUCGUCUCCUCGCAGGAGGUGAGGGUGAGCCCGCUUCUAUCGUAUGCUACAGUGUAUGAACACUGUGCUGAUGAAUUGCGCUGACACUUUUGCUGCUUAUACUGUGAAUGAGUGACUGAUGAGCAGAGGGCAUUUCUUGCUUCG